AUGCAGAUCUCACCCUUGCUGGCUGGUGGACUUUUACUCGCUCUGCUUUCCGUCAGGCUGGAGGCGAAGCCGGCGUCUCAGCUCCCACAGAAGGCCUCCCGCGGCUCGGCAGCGGCGGCGGGUCCGCCCGAGGCGGCGGCGGCGGCGGCGGCGGCGGCAGAGCGGGAGAAGGAGCGGGACAAGGAGCGCAGCGGCGGCGGCGGUGGCGGCGGCGGCGGCGGGUCGGGCCCACGGGAGGCGCGGGCCGAGGCGCGGCCGCGGGCGGGCUGGGCGCGGCUGCUGCAGGACCCGCCAGGCCGCCGCCAUAAGGGCCUCCAUAAGAAGGGCCUGGGCAAGGGGUGCUUCGGCCUCAAGCUGGACCGCAUCGGCGCCAUGAGCGGCCUCGGCUGCUGA